CCCGUGAACGCGCCUCUCCAUGCGGUUUGAAUAAAGAAAAGCAGAAGAAAAUAAAUCAGCUGAUGAUGAAAAGACAUGAAGCUGCUCCUGGAGCUGGAAUCAGCGACCGGUUUGAUUCUCUCAUCUGAACCCGGUCCUGGUGCCCGAGAGGAGGGGAGAUCCGGUUCUCCACUCAGCCUCUCCGCUCUUUGUCAGCCGGUUCACAAACGGAGACCCGGGCGGGUUUGAGGGUUUUUUCUCUGAAUGAAGCAGCUCAACCCGAGAGAGACUCAUCUGCUUUAACGCGCUAAUGACCCGGGAGUGUUUUAAUGUUUGUGGUUUUGUGUUGAAUCUGCUCGGUUCGGGUUUAUCUCCUGCUGGAUUUAAUCACCUUUUGUUUGGAGGAGGAAGCAGCGGCUGAUGCUGCGGUUCACAGUGAAGUCACACUGACGGAGCAGGUCUUUAACGCCUUUAUCUGCAUGUUAAUGCCAGUUUAUCCUCACAGGACUGUGGUAGGGCUGAUGGGAUUAUUCCACCUUAAAUUAUUUUAUUAUUUAUCAUAAUUAUCUCUGGGGGACAGCUUGAAGGUUCCGCCUGGUUUCCUCGAUCUUUUGUGUGCAGCUGAUCUGUCAGUCCCUGGACUCUAAUAGUCUGUUCGGGUCCCUGUCCCGGUGUGUCCUGGGUCGAGGAGCACCAUGCCGGAGUGCGUGUCCGUGUCCGAUUUCCUGCAGGAGGUUCAGGAGGACUGGAGCUCCCCAACCACCUCCUCCUUCACCUCCAAGAUGAUCAGCUGCAGGAACACCGUCUACCUGCUAGAGGAGGUUCUGGACAGUGAUCGGUUGGUGCUGCAAAAGAUGAAGAAAGCUGCAAAAGCCAAAUACACAUCAGGACAAGAUCACGUGUCUCACCUGGAGCAGUACAUUAACUCGAUGGAGAAGUUGUCAGUCAACUGUCACUCAAACGGAGAGACGGAGGUCGGAUCUGCCUUCUGUCGACUGGCAGACUUUUCUAAAGAGCUCCUCUCUCCCAUGAAGAACCUGUUAAAGAGUAUGCUCCACAACAUCAACUUCUUCCUGGACUCACUGGUUAAAGGAGACCUGAGAGAGGUGAAGGGGGAUCUGAAGAAGCCUUUUGACAGAGCGUGGAGGGACUAUGAGAGCAGAUUUAAGCAGGUUGAAAAGGAGAAGAGGGAGUUAGCUCGUCAGUAUGGGAUGGUGAGGAGUGAGGUGAGCGGGGGAGAGAUCGCUGAGGAGCUUGAGAAGGAGAGACGCUCCUUCCAACUGAGCAUGUGUGAGUAUCUGAUUAAGGUCAACGAGAUAAAGACAAAGAGAGGAGUCGAUCUGCUGCAGAACCUCAUCAAACACUACCACAGCCACAACAAUUUCCUGCAGGAGUGCGUUUCCACCACGCAGAGGUUGAAGCAGUACAUGGAGGAGCUGAAUGGAGUCCUGACAACGGUGAAGCAGCGUCAGGAGGAAGAGAAGAGGCAACUCGUGUCUCUCAGAGAUCAGCUGAGACCGGUCGUUCACACAGAGCAGGAGUCUUUACCUAAGCAGGUGUACAGUAUGCAUCAGCUGCUGGGAGACAAACAGUAUGGAACAGAAAGGACAGGAUUUCUCUACAAGAAGAGUGACGGGUUGAGGAAAAUGUGGCAGAAGAGAAAAUGUUCAGUGCACAACUGUUACCUGACCAUCGCCCACGCUACUCCUAAUAAACCUCCAACCAGACUCAACCUGCUUACCUGUCAAGUUAAACCGAGUGUGGAGGACAAGAAAUGCUUCGACCUCAUCUCUCAUAAUCGGACCUAUCACUUUCUGGCUGAGGAUGAAGCUGAGUGUGUGGCCUGGAUCUCGGUGCUCAGUAACAGUAAGCAGGAGGCUCUGAAUGUGGCUCUGGACGGAGGGGGGAGAGGAGGUGGAGGAGGAAGUGGGGAGAGCAGCGUGGAGGAUCUGACCCGGGCCAUCACUGAUGACAUCAAACGGAUGCCUGGAAACAACAACUGCUGUGACUGCGGAGCUCCAGAUCCUGGAUGGCUUUCAACCAACCUUGGUAUCCUGACCUGUAUCGAGUGUUCGGGGAUCCACAGGGAGAUGGGAGUCCAUGUCUCCAGGAUCCAGUCUCUCAGUCUAGACAGUCUAGGAACUUCAGACCUGCUGUUGGCCAGGAAUGUUGGUAACUCUGGUUUUAAUGAAAUACUGGAGGCAAACCUGCUGAGUCCGUCGCUGAAGCCGUCCCAACACAGCCACAUGGCGGAGCGUAAAGACUUCAUCCUAUCAAAGUAUCAGGACAUUCAUUUUGUGAGGCGGAGCCACAACUCCACUGCAGCGCUGCGACUCAGCCUGCAGGAGGCGACCAAGAGCUGCGACAUCUACAGUCUGAUACAGCUGUACGCUCAGAGGACGGAGCUGAGCCAGCCGCUGCACUCACACAUACAGGAGAAAGGUGAGACGGCGCUGCAUUUAGCCGUCCUAUUGGCUGACCGGACAUCGCUGCACAUCCUUGACUUCCUGGCUCAGAACUGCUCUAACGUUGAUGUGCAGACAUCAUCAGGAAACACGGCGCUGCACUACAGCUGUCUGCACAACAAGACCGACUGUGUGAGACUGCUGCUGAGAGCCAGGGCCAACACACACAUCAAGAACGAGUUAGGAGAGAGCGCUCUGGACGUGAGCCGCAGGUUGAAACACGGCCACUGUGAGGCGCUGCUGCAGCAGGCCCAGUCCAAUCAGUUUGACCAUCACGUCCAUGUGGAGUAUGAGUGGAGGCUUCGUCACGAUGAUCUCUACGACAGUGAUGAUGACUUUGACGACAAGAACGGUCCGGUUAAGAAGGAGCGCUUCUCCUCUUCCUCGUCGUCCUCCUUCACUUCCUCCUUCUCCUUCUCCUCCCGUCCCUUCAGCUUCAAUCAGUCCGCCUCCUCCUCCAUCACCCCAGCCUCCUCUGGAGCAGCUGGAGGAGGUCUGCUCAGUGUGGGGAGGAGGCUCGCUAUGGCUAUGGAGCUCCACAGCCGACCCACUAGCUCUGCCUCCAGCCCUCCUCCUCCUCCCCCGUCCUCCCCUGCACCUCCACUGCCGCCGAGAGUCAAAGUUCCCAAUGUCCCUCCUCCUCCACCUCCUGGGGAGGAAGACGAGGAGGAUGAGGGGGAAGUCUUCUUCCCCAUGACAGGAAACAGAAAGUCAACCCCUCCUCCCAUCGCCGUCCGACACAAGAGGAGCUGCUCUGAGUCCAGCCAGCAUGAUUACGGGUUGCCGACCAGUCCCAGGAUCUACAGUGGCCCAGACUCUUCCUUUAAGAAGUGUGUGCCAGCCUCUCCUCUCAGCUCGCUGGCAGAACGACCAGACAGAGGUUUUCGGAGGGCAGACAGUGACGGUAGCUCCUCCAACUCCAUGCACCCUGAUGGUAAAGCUCCGCCCAACGGCUCUCCCACCAAUCAGCGUUCUCAGAGCUUUGAGAACGACAAAAGAGGCCCCGCACCCCAACCGCUUCCUCGCAGAUCAUUGCCUCGGGGUGCGACGAGCCGCCGGGUUGAGGCGCUGUACGACUGCCAAGCUGACCACCAUGAUGAGCUGAGUUUCUCAGAGGGACAGGUGCUAGUGGUCCUGGGACAGGAGGACAGUGAUUGGUGGCAUGGUUAUAUAGAAGGCGAACCGGACCAGAGAGGUUUGUUUCCAUCCUCCUUCGUCCAACUGCUCUUAGACUGACAUGAACCUAGAACAGACCAGACCAGACCAGGACCGGUGCAGACCCUGGACCACUUCAGAUCCAGACCACAUCAGUCCUCCAGGAGAAGAAGUAGCUGAACCUCAGGAGAACCAAACCAGAUCAGUACUGAGCAGCAGAAGCUGAACAUCUGCAAUGGACCAGGUCAGACUUUCAGGUUUUUGUCCAACUCCACCUCCCAGAACUGGACUGCUCUGGUCCUGACCAGCAUCACAUGUUCACGGCCGAGCCACUAUUCCUGUUGUCAUAGCACCCAGCGUUUCUUACGCCUUCUGUCACCAUAGAAACAUUACAGAUGACCUUUCGGUGAAGAAUCUAGUCCAGACUAGAUCUUUACGUGGUUCGGGUCAUUUGAUAAUGUUGCCAUGGAGGCGGCCUCGCACAGAUCAAUCAGCAAUGAUUCAGAGCUGAUG